GAAACACCGUACAAGUCGGCUGGAAAGUUUGCCUUCUAAGAACAAGAUGGCAGAUCAAUGAAAAAAGUUGAUAAUGGCAAAAAGAGGCGAAGAAGACCGAGCAGAUGAACACCUCAAAGACAAAGGAUAUAUUCUUGGGGACGUUUUAGGUGAAGGGUCCUAUGCGAAAGUCCGGAACGCUUAUAGUAGAAAUCAUAACUGCCGUGCAGCAGUGAAAAUCAUCAACAAACGUAAAGCACCUCGAAAUUUUGUGGUCCGUUUUCUUUCCCGUGAACUGGAGAUUAUACAAAAGCUUGACCACCCCAACAUUAUAAAGGUGUUCGACGUCAUAGAGCUAGGGCCGAAGGUGUACAUAUGUAUGGAGAUCGCGGGCCACGGAGACCUGUUGGAAUACAUUCGGCUACGAGGCUCGGUGCCGGAAGAAACUGCAAAACUCAUGUUUCUAGAAUUUGUAGAGGCCGUAGAUUAUUUGCAUAGUAAUAACUUGACGCACAGGGAUCUUAAAUGUGAGAAUAUUCUGAUUGACACCCGCAACAAUAUCAAGCUGUCUGACUUCGGCUUUGCUCGGACUUUUACUGACGGCGAGUUCAGCCGGACUUUCUGCGGCAGUGCUGCAUACGCCGCCCCAGAGAUAUUACAGGGACACCCGUAUAACAUGCCGGCCUAUGAUAUAUGGAGUAUGGGAGUCGUUUUAUAUAUCAUGGUAACGGGCUCCAUGCCGUACGACGAUUCCAGCGUCAGACGUAUGAUCAAGGAACAGCUGGAGAGACGCGUGAGGUUCCCUAGGGGUGCUCGCGUUGCGCCCCCCUGCAGGAGCCUUAUUCAUCACAUGCUAACUGCUGACGUCACACAGCGUGCUACGACACAAGACAUUCUCGCCAGUGAUUGGUUGAAAGAUGUCCGAUCUCCAAAAAAAGAUAAACCAGUGGAAUAGUAAUUAUUUCAUAUAUAGCCAGGAUGUAAUUUCAAAGUCAGCAAUGCUUGAAGUAACUCUUUCUUAGUGGGAUUUUUGUUAAACUAAAAAAAGUUCAACAAAAGUGUCUUUUAAUGAAAACUCU